AUGCAUCCCGCCGUACGACGGCUCGAACGCAUCCCUCCUGAGAUCUGGCAAGAGAUCAUUGCCUUCGCGUGCACCGACGGCGGCGCCACAGGCAGGUCCAUCGCCCUCACCUGUCGAUUCUUCCGGGAGCAGUCCCUCCACGUCCGCUUCACCUCCCUCUCCUUCAAGAACACCACCCGCCUCCUCGUCUUCCUCGUCUCCCUCCGCGUCCAGCCCAAGGACUGCAAACCGCGCAUCCAGCACGUCGCCCUCGAGCCCUCGCUCUACACCGGCCACAUCCCGCGUGCCCUCCGGCACCUCGCGGGCAACCCGCAGCCCGGGCAGGAGGUCGACCCGGUGGACCUCUGCGCGAACGCCGUCGAGGCGCUCUUCUCGCUCGCCGCGCGCCAGCUGCGCACCCUCUGCCUCGUCGCGAACGCGAGCAGCGCGGUGCCGUUCCGCUACUUCGUGCACGCCUUUCCCAAGCUCGAGGAGCUGAGCGCGUGGAACCACCCGCUGUGUCCCCCGCCGGCGACGGGUGCCCACGAGUACCCGCCGGGGCAUGCUCACGCGCAUACACUUCCUGGGUCCCCAUUCGCCAGCCCGGGCAGCCCAGGCGGCGCCCGGGGCAUGGACACCGACGAUAGGCAGGAAGCCGGGGUAUUGCUCCCGGCGAUGAAGCGUUUCCACUACGUUCUGACGGAGCCGGGCAUGUCCUUCAAGAACGUGCUCGCGAGCUUGCCGGCGCUCGCCUCUCAUAAGCUCACGCAUCUCCGCUUGUCUGGCUUGACCUCCGCGGACGAGGACGUCCCGCGGAUACUCGCUGACAUCCUCGGGGUGCCUGCACCGAUGCCCUUGCGGGAGCGCGUGCGGCUAGGUAUCACGGGUAGCAGUGGGCCACAGUCGCACUCGCCGCUCGACACUAGCGGGGCGAGGUUCCCGAACUUGCGGCAUGUAGUGUUGUACGCGAUACAGCCGGGGAGAGACGAUAUGCAGUCGUUUCCCAGGUGGGCGACGCUGCUGGGUUUGCUGAGGGAGCUAGAGCGCACGUGCAAGCGCGUGGUUGGGAUGCGGAUGGUUGUGCUGGAACGGAGCUGGAUGAGGAAGUCGAGGUGGGCGACGAGGUUGAAGGACGAUUGGUUACAGCGGAUGGAGGGAGGGAGGGGGUGUUGGGUGGAGAGUGAGGUUGAGGAGUCUAUAAUUGAGGGACCUCUGGAGGCUCCGAAGGGCGUGGAAUGGUAG